AAUCGAAACCGACCUAAAGCUCUUUUUUCCAUUACCCCAAAGCUAGAUCUGAUUAUUGUUGAUUUAAGCAUUGGAGUGUCUACCCCGAGAACCAUCUCAGGGCUUUGCAGAUAAAUCCGGAGUGAAGACGCGGACUAAAGAAGGACUUCGGGUUUGGCGCAAUUACAUUGGCGUCGUCUGUGGGAAUCUGAACUAAAAGCUCUUUUGUUACUUUCUCAUUAUGGUCAACACUCGAUCUGUCCGAGCUGGAAGUCAAGCUUAACCUCUUGGACAGGGUCAAACUCAAUAUCCCAACAACCUCCCACCUCAAAUCCCAAACCCAUUCCCUCCUAUUGAACAUGCAGAAGGAGGAGAUGAGAACCAACCUCACAACUCAGCUUAGAAUUCAGCUCCCACCCCUAACCAAGAAGAUAAUAAUCCUGGUGAUCCCCUCAUCAAUCUACUCAACCCUGCUCAACAACCCCAAGUUCAACAGCAAGACCCUUAACCAAUUCAACAUACUCCUGCUCUUAGUGAGUCUCAAGCUCGAGACAUAUGAUGGAACGAAAGAUCCAAAUGAUCACCUCCAUGCUUUUUAUUCUUGUAUGCAAGCUCAGAACGCCUCUGAUGCAUUAAUGUGCAAGAUCUUUCCCUCCACUCUCUGUGGUAAUGCUCAAACUUGGUACUAUAGUUUGCCUCCGAGAUCUAUCAGCUCUUAUACAGAAAUGACAUCUGCAGUAAAUAGUUCGACCGAAUUGUGGGUUGGAGAGUUCACACCAAAAGAAGAGGUGCUAUUGCAGGCUCUAGAGGUUUUGGCCAUGGGUAAGACAGAGAAGACUCGUUAGAGUAUAAUGCUUUGAUACCACUGUAGCUUCAGAGAGUAAGGAGUAUGAAGGCUAACUUGUUUAUUCACCAAUACAUUAAAAGUAUAUAUACAGUUAGAGCCUAAGUGCUGCCCUAUCACAUUAGGCAAGUGAACUACAAUCUUGGAUAUUAUACAGAAAAUGAAUGUGAAAAUUAACA